AUGACGGGACCCCAGCUCUGUCAAUUGCUGGGCCAGUACCCAAUCCUCAGCAGCAUCGCCAGUAACCUUUCGCUGAAGGAGCUCUACAACGUUGCACGCACUUCCAAGCAUACCUGGGCUUUUAUUGCGCCAGACAACAAGGUUUCGUUCGACAACCUCAGAGAGCUCACCAACCCAGUUCUUUCGGACCGGUUCGACCGUGCCGGAACAGGGUCGGCGACCCUUAACUGUCGUUUCAGCUCCGACGAUGACUCCUGCGUUUUAUUCCUGUCCAACGAUCCAGGUUUCUCCUGGCACCAUUCAGAGUGGCUUGACGAGGCUAUCUGCGUACUCUGCUCGAAGCAACCAGAUCGCAACAAGCAGAAGGAAUGUCGUUGCGUCUACCAGUCCGGCUACGCCAAACACUGUCUCUGUUUCGAUUGUGCAUGGGCGGAAGUCAAGGUCCAGGUUGCAAAGGCGAGGAAGAUUAUCUUCCGUCACAGAGGCUCUGAUGACAUCGGAUAUGUCCUCGACUGUCCUUGCGGUUCCAAGUUCGGCGACAUCAUGCUCAACCUUGUCUGCAGCUGGUGCGGCAACAUGUACUUUGACAACUCAGACUACAACUGCAUGAACCUCGAGCUCAGCGGAAUUGAUCCCUUUGAGUGAAGGAGUGUUCAGUGUACCAUCGAGAAACAUACCCUACAGCUUAUACUUCUAGAUGUUGACGAGCAUGGGUUUCUAGACAAGAGCUAG